AUGCAUGUCGCGGCAACUUUUACUAGGAUUCUAAACUUGCUAGAGGAGGAGGACAAACACCCCAUCGACAAAUAUAUCACGGAGAACCCAGCCCGCAGUAUCAGUGGCCGAGAAUGGAACAAUCUAGUCAGGAUUCUAAACUUGCUAGAGGAGGAGGACAAACACCCCAUCGACAAAUAUAUCACGGAGAACCCAGCCCGCAGUAUCGGUGUCCGAGAAUGGAACAAUCUAGUCAGGUCAAUUAAACGAACUCAACAUGAACUUCCAUAUUGA